UCGCCAGUGUACGUGCGUGUCACCGUGGAAAAAUUUAUUUGUUCGCACGAGUGUUGCGAUUUACUACUGAAAAUUGCAACCACUGUAGAACAAUAAUUAUUAUUUACGCAGCACAAUACUCGUAAUUAUUAUUAUUAUUUUCUGCGCACACAAACACCGUGUCGAUCAUCCGCUGUCGUAGCGGUAAUAAAUUAUAAUAAUAAAUAAUAAUUCAAUAUUWUAUAGAUCUAUAGUAUAUAUGUAUGUGCAAUUAUAUUUAUAAAUAAUUUCCAACACUCAUCCGUCGUCCACCGACGUGGGUCGCGGGGAACAUCUUUCUCUCGCGUUAUCGGCUGUUUCGUUGGUUAUUAUUGUAAAAAUCGUUUCGCUGUUUAAAUCACGGCCGGGCUAUAAUUAACAGUCGUUAAAUUCGCUUAUCGUCGUCGUCGUCUUCAACACGAUAAGUCGAUAAGUGUAGGCAACAACUGGUUCGAGUACUAGCUAUAUAGCCUAUAUAGAGUGUAUGUAGAAGGAGGAGGAAGUUGCACACGAGUCAUUUGGAUUUCGUAGCCACUAGCCGGUUCCACAAACCACCGCCACUUGCAGUUUUCGCGUUCAAGUGCCGCCGUCGUACCGUGCGAUCCACACGAAAACGACUAAUGACUAAUGAGAGACGUAACGUCAGUAUUGUCGUUGCAGUCGGUCGUAUACUUUGUCGUUACCUUGUCGGUCGGGCUCCCGUAGACACGUAGUGGGCUAGUGGCCGAAUUUUCUGUAACACAUUCUACUUCCGACGUUAAGUACUUAUUUAAUUCAUUAUGAGUGAUGACGGUGAUAUUAUUCCAAGUGUUAUGCAAAAUGGUGGAAAUCAAUACAAAAUAAAAGAGAAUUCAUUUUUACCUAGUUCUGAAGUUGAAAAUAACACAAAAAUGAGUUUUGAAAACUCAAAACCAGCAGAAAACUAUGGACCAGAUCAGGUUUUACCUGCUUCACAAAAAUAUACAAGUGAAGCAAAUGGCCGAGUUACUUUAAGAAUUGAGGCUGGUGCAGAUAAUACUCCCAUAUCUGUACCUGGACUUUUGACUAGAACUGCUGAAAAAUAUGGAGAUCUACCAGCGUUAAAUUAUAAGUCAGCCAAUAAAUGGGUUAAAGUUACUUAUAAAGAAUAUGAACAGAAUGUGCGAACUGUUGCUAAAGCAUUUAUAAAGUUGGGCCUUGAAAGAUUUCAUGGCGUCUGUAUAAUCGGGUUUAACUCACCAGAAUGGUUUUAUUCAGACUUGGGGGCUAUUUAUGCUGGUGGUUUUGCUGCUGGAAUGUACACAACAAAUCUUGUAGACGCUUGUCUCCAUUGUUUAGAGACUAGUAAAGCGAAUAUUGCUGUAGUUGAAGAUAGUAAACAACUGGAAAAAAUAUUAUCAGUCAAAAGUCAACUACCACAUUUAAAAGCCAUAAUUCAAUAUGAAGGCAAACCUACUGAAGAAGGUGUUUUAUCUUGGGAAGAUGUUAUGAGAAUUGGAUCAGCUGAAUCUGAUGAUAAAUUAAAUGCUGUAUUGAAAACUAUGGGAGUCAAUGAAUGUUGUACAUUAGUAUUUACGUCUGGAACCGAAGGCGCAUCAAAAGCAGUCAUGGUUAGUCAUGAUAAUCUAACAUACAAUGCAUAUAUGAUCACAAAAUUCUUGUCCUUGGUGGAAGGAAAGGAAGUUCUCGUUUCAUAUUUACCUUUGAGUCAUGUAGCAGCUCAAAUCACUGAUAUAUAUAGUGCUAUCACAAUAGGAGCUCAAGUAUUUUUUGGUGAAAAAGACGCUCUUAAGGGUUCUUUAGUGAGCACACUUCAAGCUGCCAGACCAACAGUUUUUUUGGGUGUUCCUCGUGUUUGGGAAAAAAUUAAUGAAAAAUUAGUGAGUAUCGGCCGAAAAUCAGGUUCAUUGAAAAAGUACAUUGCUGAUUGGGCUAAAGAAGUUGGCUUAAAUCAUUAUGAAGAAGCAAUGAAAGGAGUUGAAAGAGAAACGUACUCGUAUAAAUUUUUCAGAUGGUUAAUUUAUGGUCGUAUCAAAAGUGCUAUUGGUUUCGAUAGAUGCAAAUAUUUUAUUUCAGCUGCUGCUCCUAUAUCAGUGGAGCUAAAAAAAUAUUUUAUGAGUUUGGACAUACCUUUGUGCGAAGCAUUUGGAAUGUCUGAGUGUGGAGGUGCACAUACACUGAGUAAUCCAACUGAUGAAAAUGUUGCUGGCGUUGGAAAAACAUUAGAAGGAGUCACUUCAAAAAUUGACAAACCUGACAAGGAUGGUAAUGGAGAGUUGUGUAUAUAUGGACGUCAUGUAUUUAUGGGCUAUUUGAAUCUAAUAGAAAAAACAGAGAGUACACUUGACACUGAUGGAUGGCUUCAUUCUGGUGAUAUUGCCCAAAUAGACGAUAAAGGAUAUGUUACAAUUACUGGAAGAAUAAAGGAAUUGUUAAUAACAGCUGGUGGAGAGAACAUACCUCCUGUAUUAAUCGAAAACAAUGUUAAAGCCGUCUUACCAGUUGUUAGUAAUGCUUUCUUAAUAGGUGACAAGAGAAAAUUUUUGUCCAUAUUGUUAUCCCUAAAGUGUGAAGUAGAUGCUGAAACUGCUGAGCCACUUGAUACUUUAACACCUGAAGUGAUUUCAUGGCUAUCGUCACUUAAUUGUAAUUUUACCAAAGUGUCAGAGGUUAUAGCA